CCGUUAACCCGGAAAUGGCUAAGCCGAAGCUCUCUCUCAACCGUUCACCAAUCACCACCAGAUACAAAGUUUGAGAGGAGAGAGAGAGAAGCUAAAAAAGAUGAAGCUCUCACUGAAGGUCCAAGACUCCCAAUGCUCUCCGCCGCCGCAACCACCGCCGUCGCAGCUGUUGAGCAGCCACCAAAAACAGCCGGAGACGCGGCCGCUUCUCCUCGGAGCUAAAAUCCCGAUCACCAUCUUCAACCUUCCGUUUCUCUCCGGCUUCUCCACCACUACACACCACCCCUCCGACCUCUCCCUCUCCCUCGCCACCAACUUCUCCUCCGGCCCGACUCUUAAGCUCGCCUACACCGCCACCUCUUCCUCCUCAUCGACCUCCGCCCCCGCUGCGCCUCCGCUAACGCUCACCCUCAAAUCGGGGAUUGGCGUCUACGGCUCGCCUAAGAACUCUCCUCUUAUCAUCUCCGCCAAUUUCUCUUUCUCCCCUCAUAGCCCCCAUUCUAAUCCCACUUUCUCUUUGCUCCUCAAACCCCAGCUCGGCUCCUUCUCUCUGAAGAAGGCCACUUCUUCGAACCCUAACCCUAAUCCCAAACAGAACGCGGAGGCAAAUUCGUUUGGGUUUGUUCCGUUGGAGAGGCCUAUGAGCUUAAAGGACUUUUCCUUUGAGGAUUAUGGUAAAGACUCGAUCUUUACGGGGAUUUCGGUGAUGGCCAGGACUGAAAUGCCAGUAACGAAGACGGUUUUGAUGAAUUGCCGAUGGGGUGUGAAUUUUCCGGAGGAUUUGGGGAAACGAAUGCCGCAUCUGACUCUGAAUAAGAUUGGGAUUGAGAGGGUUGAUGAGGUUAUUAAGGAGGUGAAGGAGAAGAAGAGUGAGAGCAGUGGGGGUGAGGUGGAGUUGUUGAAAGGAAUGUGUUUUUGGAUGAAGAGGGAAUUGGAUACACUGCAGGGAGAGAACCGAGAGAUGAAGGCUAAGUUGGAAGAAAUGAAAAUGGGGCAUUUGCUGAGAACUGGUGGUUCUCAUGGUCGGAGAGAAGAGAGUGUUGGGAAGAAGGUGGUUAGUCCAAUUGUUGAGAGUUCGAGUGGUUUUGAGCAAUGGAGGAACAAGAAGAAUCCCGGGGGAGACGUUGUGAAGAAAGAGGCCAAGAAGAAUGUGUCCAAUGGAAACCGGGAUGUCGAGAGUGAAUUGCAGAAAGCCAUUGCAGCUGCUUCUUCUUCCCUCUGAGGUUAGAAUUAGCUCCAGUAACUAACUAGUAAAUAUGCUCUGCUACUGUAUAUAUGCCACUUGCUUUAAACUCAACUCAAUUACUUCUUAAUUUCUGCAACUCCUGCCUGCUCGAGUCUUGAAUUUAUACUGAGUAUUUUCAUUACCCUACCCGAGUUUAUUUGGAGUGAAUGAUCAUUCACUGAUAUGAAUAACAUAAUCUCUUCUCCCCC